AUCUACUAGUACUCUUCGCUGGCUUGAGUUCUUCACCAGGCCAGAUCAUAAUGAAAGACGACUAGACGACCACUUGAGUAGUGCUUUUCACCUACACAACUUCUACGACCGUCAAACUAAUCUACUUUACACCUACAAAGGAGUAACACCACCAACAUGUUGUUCUCUCAUGUCCUCUCCCUAUCCUCUUUUCUGGCUCUCACCCUCUCCGUUUCUUCUUCGGCCAUACCAAACCACCACCCCCGCAACCGCCCAACAGUCUACCUCCUCCGACACGGCGAGAAACCCGCAGACCGAAACAACCACGAGCUGAACAAGGAUGGCUACAAGCGAGCAGAGUGUCUGCGCACGGUAUUCGGAGAAGACUCUCCAUUUGAUAUUGGAUAUAUCCUCGCGCCCCGUGUAAAGAAGAACGGCGACCACAGACGCUCCUUCGAUACCGUCCACCCUCUCGCUAAAGACCUCGGCCUUCCUAUUGAUUCUUCCUGCAAACGCAACCAUGCCAAGUGUGUAGAGAAGCAUAUCAAACGGUACGACGGCGAAGGGGACAUUCUCGUUUCGUGGCGGCACGGAAAGAUGACAGAUAUCGCUGAGAGACUGGGAGUCGAGAAGCCGCCUGAGUAUCCUUAUCAUCGAUACGAUCUCGUUUGGACGAUCCCGUAUCCAUAUGACAAAGUCACGGAGGUCUGGAGUGAGGAGUGUCCUGGAUUGGAUGAGAAGAGCCAUUUGUCGCCAUUGAAGAUCCAAGCAUAAAGGUAUGCUGGCGUACGGCUUGUAUUUACGAGUGUCAUGGUGGAUUCGGUUGCUAUAUUGGUAGUCUCGAUUUAUGGUAGCGAUGAUACAUCUGAGUCUUGCUUUACCUUGCC